AUGUGUAUAUUAAUUGGCUCUUCUCUUUCCUCCGCUUCCUUCCAACCCGGAGUACCAUUCUCCGGCCACUCACUUCCUCCCCACUCACCAUCUCAUUCCAACUCCCCCAUGGCUUCGGUGCACGCCACGCCUCCUCACACCUUCACUUCCUUCACCACUGCAAAGCGAGCUCCGGCCCCCUCUCCUCCGCGCGCCUUCAUCAAUUUCCACGCCCCGAAGCUUCCAGAGCGUUCUAUUUUCUCCACAAUUGGGCGGAACUCGAAUUGGGCCUUGAACUCGGCUGUGGAAGAGUUCGAUGUUAUCCCGGUGCAGAGUUCUGAUUUUACCGACCAACAGGAAGGGGUGGCGCUGGGUCGGGCGGAGAGGGAUGGCGCGGAGGGAGAGAUGGGGACUGCGGUUGGUGGAUUCGGCGAGCUCUCGUUGGGAGGCGCUGGUGAAAUUCAGGGGUUUUCUUCUUCUGCUUCUGUUGCCGAUGGCGGCGGAACAGAGACCGGGGAAAUGGAGAGGGUUAUGAUUGAUCGGAUUAUCAAUGCCACCAUUGUUCUUGCGGCGGGUUCUUAUGCUCUCACCAAGUUGCUUACCAUCGACCAAGAUUAUUGGCAUGGAUGGACACUUUAUGAAAUACUGAGAUAUGCCCCUCAACACAACUGGAGUGCUUAUGAGGAAGCUCUUAAGACGCACCCUGUCCUUGCUAAAAUGGUGAUUAGUGGAGUGGUGUACUCUCUUGGAGAUUGGAUUGCGCAGUGUUUUGAAGGAAAGCCUCUGUUUGAAUUUGAUCGCACACGCAUGUUCAGAUCAGGCCUCGUUGGCUUUUCUUUACACGGUUCCCUUUCCCACUACUACUAUCAUUUUUGUGAGGGUCUUUUUCCUUUUCAAGAUUGGUGGGUAGUUCCUGCAAAAGUAGCCUUCGAUCAAACGGCAUGGUCGGCAGUUUGGAACAGUAUUUAUUUCGUGGUAUUAGGUUUCCUGCGGCUUGAGUCCCCAGUUUCUAUAUUUAAUGAACUAAAGGCGACAUUUUGGCCUAUGCUUACUGCGGGUUGGAAACUUUGGCCAUUUGCUCAUCUUAUCACAUACGGUGUUAUUCCUGUAGAACAAAGACUCCUGUGGGUUGAUUGUGUGGAGCUUAUCUGGGUGACUAUACUCUCAACUUACUCAAACGAAAAAUCGGAGGCCAGAAUCUCAGAGGUAGCAACAGAUUUGAGUUCAGAUCCUCUUCCCACAGAUUCGACUCAGAGCUAAGCUUGCAGGAAAAAAACUAAGUACAGAUCUGAAGAUGGAAACGUUUAUUGCUCAGUUAGACUCCGAGAGUGUCAAGAGUACGAUCCACUCCCAGAAAUGGUAUAGCAUACACAUAUAAAUAUGAUUUCAGGUGCAAAUAUUGAUUGUUGUAUGUGAUUAUAGACGUCACAUUACAUGUAUUCUUUUUUCGUUUGAUAGCUUUAACAUCAACUGUAUAAAAAAUAAUGAAAUAAAAUAGAAUCUUCCACUUCCUUCCAUUGGCUCUUCAAGCUUUCCCCAUGGCACCAAAGAUCCGAAGCUUUAGAAAAAAACUUCUUGAAGCCUCUUUUAAGUUCCUUCACCAUCAAUUUUUCUGACUAAGGUUGUAGAAUGAAGGGGUUAGUUUGCAAGAUUAGUUGAGAUGUAGACGAACACAAAUUGAAAAGUUUGAUGUUUGUUAUUAUUCAUUAGUUUGGUUGUGUCACAACAUGCAUGAAGGACUUAGGGUGCAAUUAUCCUCAAAUAAGGUCCUUCAAGGCAAAUUAAUUUGGAAAAGGGAAAGCAGAGACGGUGCUUGUAUAUUCUGGAAUAUGUAGGAUGUUAUCUUUUUGGGGGAUGGAAUAGGGGAAUAAAUAGGGUUGUGGCAGAUGGGGGGAUUCCAUUGAACACUAAGACCCCACAUGUAUUACAAAUCAAGCGCCAUUAAUAUUGUUUCUCA